AUGCCGGAAGACGGGCGAGCGUUUGUGACCCAAGAGGGGCGGGGCACGCAUGCUAAUGAGGCGUCGGCGUCACGCUUAACCCCCUCGCCGCCGCGCCGCAGCAACUGCGGAGGGGCGCGAUGCCCGCUCUGCGGACCGGGAGCCGCGCAGCUGGAGGCGGGCGGGCGCUGCGUGCGCUGCGUGCGCGGGGCCGAGCGGGCGGGCGGGCGGGCUCCGGGUCCCGCGACCCAGCCGAGCCCCUCCUGCCGCCGGCGGGUGUCGCGGAAGCAGCCAUGCAAGGCGCGCCCGUCGGCUGAGCCCGCGGGGAAGAGAGGCCGGGCGGGGGCGCUGCGGCAGAGCGGCUCCGGCGGGGCCGGUGGGCUUGCAGCGGGCGCCGCCUCCCCCGGGCCCUGGUGGGGUGUCUGGGCCGGUGCCAGGCGCCCGCCGCCCCCCUCGAUGUUCUCCGCCGGCCUCUUCCUGGUCAACCUGCUGAUCCUCUACUACGCCUUCCUGCUGGAGUACAUCGCCCUCAACGUGGGCAUCGUCUUCCUGCCCGACGACAUGGACCAGGCGCUGGUGGACCUCGGGCUCCUCUCCGACCCGGCGCUCGGCCUCUACCGGCUGGAGAGCGAGGGCGAGCCGCUCGACGCCUACUGGGACUAGGGCCGGCCGCCUGUGGGGCUGCGGGCGCCCGAGGGAGGCAGCCGCCACGGCACAGCACGGCUGCCUUUGGCCUGCGGGGGUACGGGCUGCGAAGGAGGCGAGCCCGGAGGGUGGCGGUUCAGCUUUUACGCGCCCUCCAGCAAGGGUGGCUACCUGAGGGAAGGAAAAGAAAAGAUUCCAGAAAGGACACAUGGAUUCCGGAAGGCCGGCCUGAGGCCUUCCCGGGUCCCCCAGGGAAGCUGGACUCAGGAUGGGACCUGCAACUCGUAGUGGGUUUGCCAUCCUCCUGCAGGACUUCAUUGAACACAAUAGCAGGGUUUACCCAGAGAGCCUGGAGGGGGGAAAGCCUCAGGAGAUUCUAGUUUCUUAUACCGAAUCAAGGGAUUUACUCCUCAUUUCCAAACUUCAAGGAGCAAGACUUGGUUCUCUUGUCUUGAAGAGGUACAGGUAUGUCCGGAGCUAGCCUGGAUUCUCUGACAAGGCAAGCAGUGGCUGUGAUGGGGUCAUCAGGUUUUAAGGGGGCUGGGGGAAUAAACUCUUGAGAGCCUGAGGUCGCUUGCAACAGCGCAUGUUCCUGAACACAGAACUGCUUGGCAGUUGAAACUUGACCUUGCAUCACUGUGUGGUGAAUCACGUUUUCCCCGUAGGACAGUAGAAUGUACCCUUCCGUUAUCAUUACUAUCCAUAUCUGUAAGAGCUUUUAAAAAAAGACUUUCACUACACUUUAAUGAAAUGUUUUCCAGCACGUGGAAAGGUUAUAUGACAUUAAUGAAGCUUGCUCCCUCAUCUGCUAGGUUUCCAGCUGCAGGGAGAGAUAGGUGUGGAAAUACGGCGAAGCUAUCAAUUUGCACAAGAGUCCUUAAGUGUUAUUAGCCGUGAAGGCUCCGGUUUCUGCUCUUUCGAAGCGUGGAAAUGUUGGAAGCCUCCAACUGGCAAUCUUAAUUUGCUGUGAAUGAUCAGGUUGCCCUUCUUAAAUUUUAUUUUUUGGGAUCCCCCGAACCUUUGCAAUACCCACAAAAGAUCUGCCUUUAAAGAGUAAUAAUUUAAUGGGGGGAAAAAGAACUGCAGGGAUGUUUCUGUCACACUGUUACAGAGAAGAAUUGAUUUUGUAAGUAUUUUUAUAACUUGAGGGAAGCCUUGUCAUUGUUACGGCAAGUUAUUUUGGAAAACGUUCAAAUGCAUUGUUAUGUAAAGCAGAAAAUGUAGAAAAAGCAGUAUCUUGAUAACUGGACUUCUUGCAAAUACAGAUGUGUGCAGGUGA